AUGGACCUCGUCACCAACCAAUCAAAAGGCCUUCAGACCGCCUGGCUCUUGUCAACAUUGGGCUCCAAAACGUCUUCGAGAAGUAAGAUUAUAAGAAAAGAUGACUUGUUAAGUAUUCUGAUUCCUAAAAUCUGCAACGAGUUGAUCAAUUUCCAUCGCGAUAAUAAUACUGGCAUCAAUAUAAGAUUUUCUUCAAAUGUGUUGCAUGGAAUAUCGAUCUUGUAUAAGUCAAAGACCAUGCAAGUGUUGACCGAAGUGGCCCACGUUCAAUUGAGAUUACAAAAUGCGUAUCGUCAAUUACAAACAGGACAAAAUGACCAGUUUGCGAAACCAAAUGGGACUCGGGCUAUUUUGAAACGUUCAGAUUAUUUGGAAAAUGAUUUCACGUUUCAUGUUGGGUCAGAUUUGAUGCCGAGGCUAGAGUUACCUGAGUGUGGGAUGGCUGAUCUGCCAGAGGUGAAGCGUCGCAAAUUGAAAAUUGCUGAGUUUGAUUUACACGAAUUUUCGUUGUUUGAUAGCACAACUGAGGAUAACACAACUAGUGUUACUGGGGUGGGCCCUUUUGCAUUGGUUCUUGGAAAUCAAGCUGAUGCCAACUUGGAAGACUUUGAGUUGUCAACACACAAUCAUGAACUUGGAAAGUACAAAGAUGAUGGCGAGCGUAUCAAUUUACAGUUUAACGAAGACGGUGAUAUCUUGGAAAUCCAAGGUCAGGAUAUGGAGGAUGUUCGUGGCUCAUCUGAAGACAUAGAAAUUGAACAGUCUUGUAGAACCAUGGAAGAUGUGUCAUUAGAGUUGCAUGCUAGAGAUGGUAUUGUGGAGGACAUCAAGAACCAAAAGAGUUUCCACGAUGACAGUCUGGAUUUAAAUUUUCAAGUUACACGGAGAUAUGAAAGACAUGGUACUGAAUCACGGUCGGCUGUCGCACCUGUUGGUCUAUUUAGUGUUCCAAAUCGUAAGCUAGUGGUUGAUGAAAACAUAUGUUUGACACGAGAAUCAAUACUCACUAACCACGACAAUUAUGCCACAAUCAUGAACUACCGAGCUUCGCUAAUUCCCCAAAGACGUCAAUUGCAACAAGUGUACCAAGAACUCAAUGUGACAAACUUUAGACCGUGGACCAAUGGCAACACCGGUUAUAAUUUUAAUUCGUCAAGUAUCGAACAAAGUAUCAAUCGUACCAUGGGUAUAUUCCAUCGAACAGAAGUAAUGGUCAAUGAGGCAUCAGAACAAGCAAGAAAUUCACAAUUACAAAUGGAAGUUGAGAGGUCGAGGCUUUUAGAGGAUACUGAGUUGAAUGAUGAUUUGGAAGAUGUUGCACAGCGCGAAACAGAUGAAGCCGGGAUGAAUUUCGAUGCAAAUAUCUUGGACAUGGAUUUCAAUUUCGAUGAAACUAGUAAAGAAGAAGAAGAUGAAGAAGAUGAGAAUGACAUCUUUCUUCCAUCAAGUAGUUUCAGUUUAUCCGAUGGCGAGAAUAAUUUGCAGCCAAAUUUGAUGCCUCGAUUAAGAAAGUUGAUUAAAUACUUUAUUCAAAAGCUGAUGGAGUUGGGCAAGCUGGUUGAUUCUCAGGAAAAGAAAUAUCAGCUUACAUUCAAAGAGUUGGUGCCAUUAAGAGAUAAUGAAGAGGUAAACACUAGACGGAUUGCUGCUGGUGUGUUUUCUAACGUCUUGUUUCUUGCUAAUAAAAACAUAGUGUCGAUCAGUGUGGAGCCCCAAGGGAUUGAAUCUUGGAAGAGUAGUUUGCUGAAGCCAAAUGGUAUCAAUUUGGCUUUAACUUUUCCUUCCACGACUUGA